CCACAUCGCCGCCGCAGAAAGGUCCGCCGCGCCUCGCUGCUGUGGAGGUACAAGUUUCCUCCCCUCCCCUACGCCUCAUGUUCUUUCCUCUCCCCUACUACUCCCCGCCCCCCUUCCCCACCCUUCUCCUACCUAUCCACUCUUCUGCCCUGCGGCCACACCUCGUCGCCGGUUUAAGAUCCGGCAGCCGGCCCCCUUCCACCCGGAGGAACUUCGCCGGGAGAGCAGUUCCCUUGCACCCCAGGUUUUAAAGUUAUGGCGAGAUUUCCAAGAGCCCGAAACCUCCCAGCUCGUCGAGGUAGGUCAUCUUCAUCUGAUGUGCGUUCCAGCUGUUGGAAGACAAAAGAAGCAGACGAACAGAGUGAUUUGCCAUUGGCCUGUGAGAAAAGAGAAUGGAAAGGUGCAACUUGCCCAGUUUGCUUGGAGCAUCCACAUGAUGCUGUCCUCCUCCUCUGUACUUCUCACCACAAGGGUUGCCGGCCUUAUAUGUGUGGCACCAACUACCAUCACUCUAACUGUCUUGAACACUUCAAAGAAGCUUAUGCGAAAGAGAACUUGGCCCUUGGUGAUUCUGCCGAGUCCGCACUUAACCUUCCAUUUUCUCCAAACACAGAACCAGCAAACAAGCAUCCAUCCACAAUGGAACUUGCAUGCCCUCUGUGCCGUGGGGAUGUUAAAGGAUGGACUGUGGUUGAACCUGCUCGUCAGUAUCUCAACCGCAAGAAGAGAGCAUGUGUGCAUGAUGCCUGCUCGUUCGUUGGUUCAUACAGAGAACUUUGCAAGCAUGUGAACUCCAAACACCCUUCAGCAAAACCUCGCGAGGUUGAUCCUGCACUUGCAAGUGAGUGGAAAAAGUUUGAAUGUGAAAGAGAGCGCCAGGAUGCAAUCAGUACUAUCAGGGCUUCGAACCCAGGAGCUGUGAUUAUGGGGGAUUAUGUACUUGAAUUGAAUGGUGGCAGCAACAACGGUAUGUUCGCCGAUGGAGAUGAAUUUGACUUGGAGGAGAGACUUAACUUCUUCACUUCCAUGGAUCGCACCCUGAACGAGAGGAUCGACUUCUAUGAAUCUUCAGAAGGUAGUUUGGAUGAGAGCAUCGACUUCCUGGCAUCCUUAUUUGGCCGUGGCAGGCGGAUCGCAAGUGGAGACUCACACAGCAGGGCUUACAGAAGGCACAGGGAGAGACCUAGGCGUAACCACCUGGGCAUAUCAGUUGAUUCUUCUGAUAUCCAGCAAGAUCCAGUCAACACUCAAAGGGGGCAGCGAGUUGCUGCUGUUCGAGGGAGAGCCCCACGGCGGCACCAUCCUAUGGUGACUCACGUGAGGUCGACACGUGGGAGCUGAGGGUUUUAAACUGCCAUGGGGCCUGUUCAUUCUAUCCAUGUGCGAGUUAGGCAAAAAUAACGCAGCUGUGAUGGGCAAUGCCUGGUUCUCCGAGGUCCAUCAGGUUCUUCCCUUUUCGCUUUGUUUCGUUGCUGAGACGGCAGCAACAGAGGACGCAGGUUGGACUGGGAUCUCUCUGUUGGGCGAUGCUCAUGCCUGUAGUAUAUGCUCUGCUGCAUACGAUUGGGGGCCAAAGCAGUGCUGUUUUUCCUGUGCUGCCUUGCGUGGAUUUUGAUGUGAAUGCCCCUUGCCUUUAUUUUAUUUUCUUGAUCAUUUGUAAAACUAUGGACGGGUUGUUAUCUAGCGAUUGCUACAUGUGUCAUUUGUAUCGCUGCGACGAACUUGAUUGUGCAGUUGAUAUGAUCCGCGAGCUUGUUAUUCAUGUGUGGAUCUUCUUUAUGGUUCCAUUGUAUUAGCUAUUGCUGUGGCUUAUUAUCAGCCAGUCAUUGGUAUGUAAUAUUGUAGGCUGCUUUGGUACAAUAGAUAUGUUUACCUGGAUUGUUGAAAUAAUUUCAUUACCAUGUGCUUCUUUGGA